AUGCACGUGCCCUGGCAAAGGCUGAUUCGGUUUGUUGCCGAUGACGGUAGGAUACUCCGAGGCGAGCCUAUUUUGCCUCAUGAUGGCUUUGAUCUUGGGGACACGACGGAAGAAACAAGAUUACAGGCAAAAGUCAUUCAAGGAAACGAUAUCUACGACACCUCAGGAAGUCUGCAGGUUACCGACGAGAUCGCUUUUGUCAAGAAGCUGCUCGGGCCGUUGGCGCCGGAAGACGUCCCAAUCUUAAGAUGCGUAGGAUUGAACUACGCCACUCACAUCAAGGAAGCUGGCCGCAAGCCGCCUCCUUUUCCUUCCAUCUUUUUCAAACCGAACACCACAAUUUUCGAUCACGGGGCAGAUGUCAUCAUCCCCAAGAUCUGCCAGAAUGACCAAGCGGACUACGAGGGCGAACUCUGCAUAGUCAUUGGAAAAGACGCCAAAGACGUGCCCGAGUCGGAGGCCUUCGAUUACAUCGCCGCUUACACUUGCGGCAAUGACGUGUCAUCGAGGAAACUUCAGCGUGAUCCAUCGUUUGCUGGCAAUGUUCCUCAGUGGGGGUUUUCGAAGGGAUUCGACACGUACGCGCCGCUGGGGCCCUGCCUGGUCAGGCCUGAUAUCGUGGGUGAUCCCAAAGCUCUUCUACUUCGGACCACGGUGGGUGGUGAAGAGAGGCAGAAGGAGUUUGUAUCAGACCUGUUGUUCGACUGCGCCUAUCUGGUUUCAUACUUGUCUUCAGGCACAACGUUACAGAAAGGCUCGAUUAUCAUGACGGGAACUCCUGGAGGCGUGGGAGGAAGCCUGAGCCCUCCCAGAUGGUUGCUUCCAGGAACCAAGAUGGAAGUCAGUAUUACGAAAAUUGGAACCCUGAAGAAUGGAGUAACUUUCGCGUAG